UAAAGAGUUUCCUUUGGUGUGCUUUAUCCAUCAAACUUUCUAAUAGUUCUAUAUUAGAAUUGAAAAUAUUUAUUAUUAGACAUGGGUUUGAAAGGAAAGUUGAUUUCACAAAUAGAGAUAAAAGGUUGUGGGGAUCUCUUUCAUGAAAUGUUUAGGCACAAACCACAUCAUCUUCCUAAUGUGACUCCAGAUAAAAUUCAAGCUGUCGAUUUGCAUGAAGGAGAUUGGGGUACUGUAGGCUCCGUCGUCAACUGGAAUUAUACUAUCGAAGGACAAACCAAGGUAGUGAAAGUGGUUGUUGAAGCCAUAGACGAGGAGAAAAGGCUAGUGACAUUCAGCGCAUUUGAAGGUCAUUUAAUAGAGCAAUACAAGACCUUCAAGGCAACUGUUCAUAUUGAGAAUGAAGGAGAAAACAACUUGGUCUUAUGGACUAUAGAGUACGAGAAGCAGAAUGAUGAAGUUUCAGAACCCUUCUGUUAUUUGGAAUUUGCCACUAAUCUCACCAAAGAAGUUGAUGCCCACCAUGUCAACCAGUAGGUUGAGAUAUAAUUGAUUUUCUUUAAAUUGUUGUGAAUAAGGAGAGUUCAAGAAUUUAAGUGGUCGUGCUUGUUGAUGUUUGUGUUUCUCAUAAACAUGUUUGCUUAGCUGUGUUUUAAAUAAAGAUGUUUGAUUUGUUGUGUUUCUUGUUAAAAUAUUUGCUUCGUUGUCUUCGUGAAAUAAGUAUGGUAUAUGUAUCUUUUCAAGAAGAAGGAAUUAUAUUUGGAUGCUUUGAUUUUGUGAA